AUGGAGCUAUCGAGCAAGCAUUUGGAAGUGUCCAGCUCAGUUUUCUUUGUUUACGUUGAAUUAUUAAUUAUCCUCUCAUGCUUCAACCUGCAGGGUCUUAACUUGCUUGGUUUAGCAACCCCUGUGGUUACUGGAAAUGACACAGAUCAACAAGCUUUGCUCGAGUUCAAAGCUAAGAUAACUGGUGAUCAGCUCAGGGUCAUGCAUUCCUGGAAUGAUUCCAUCCACUUUUGCCAAUGGUACGGUGUUACAUGCGGUCGCAGACAUCAGAGAGUUAUCAGGUUGGAACUGCAACUUUUAAAACUUGCAGGGUCCCUAUCACCGUACCUUGGAAAUUUGAGCUAUCUCAGGGUGUUGAAUCUUGAAGGCAACAACUUCAACAACGAAAUUCCUCAAGAUAUUGGACAUUUAAGAAGAUUGGAAAUCUUACAACUGUCCAAUAACUCCAUAAGUGGUGAAAUUCCUUCCAAUUUAUCUGGUUGUUCGAAGCUUGCAGUUGUUCAUGUCAGAGGCAACCAGCUCAUAGGAGAAAUACCUGGUUUCUUUGGUCUCUUGUCAAACCUAAAAUUUUUAAGUUUAAGCAACAACAGUUUAACAGGUAGUAUCCCACCUUCACUGGGGAACUUGUCGUCUUUGGAGGCACUUUUUUUGCCUAAGAAUCGACUAAGUGGGACUAUACCGGAGGCUCUUGGGCUAUUGACAAAUCUUUCAUUUUUCUCUGUGGAAGACAACGAAAUUUCUGGCAUUGUCCCUGUCUCAAUUUUCAAUCUCUCCAAUAUUAGAGGUUUUGAUAUUGGCGAAAACAAGAUUCAAGGUACUCUUCCUUCUGAUUUAGGAAUUACUAUGCCGUAUAUUGAAAUCUUCUCCGUCAUGCAAAACCAAAUCACUGGAAAAUUCCCGGUUUCAGUAUCCAAUGCCACUAAUCUCAUGGUAUUUCAAGUUUCAAUUAACAAACUGAGUGGAAACUUGCCUUCAUUUGAAAAGCUGGAUAAACUAUCAUUAUUUCUCAUAUACAAAAACCAUUUUGGAGAUGGGGGAGGAAGGGACAUAAAUUUUCUUUGUUCUUUAACCAAUGCUACCAAUCUGAAAUAUUUGGAUAUAAGUGGAAAUAAUUUUGGAGGGGUAUUGCCCGAGUGCAUCAGCAAUUUGUCUAUCACUAUUUCGUCUUUAGUGAUACAAAAUAACAAAAUAGUGGGAAGAAUUCCGCCUGGGAUUGAAAAUCUCAUCAAUUUGGAGGUUAUAGCGGCAACAAAUAAUCGUUUAUCAGGUUCGGUUCCCAUUGUUGUUGGGAAGCUUCAGAAGCUAAAGAUAUUUUAUGCUGAUAAUAAUCAUUUUCUUUCUGGAGCCAUUCCCCCUUCUCUAGGAAAUUUAACAAUGUUAACGGGACUUACUUUAAAAGGUAACAAUUUUCAGGGCAACAUUCCUUCAAGUCUAGGAAAUUGCAAAAAUUUGGUUGUGUUGGAUCUUGCCGAUAACAAUCUUAGUGGUUCAAUACCACCUGAAGUAAUUGGACUCUCAUCCCUGUCCAUUACAUUGGACUUAUCAUUGAACUAUUUAACGGGUGUGCUUCCUGUUGAAUUAGAAAAUCUGAAAAAUCUAGGUGAAUUGUCUGUUUCACAAAACAGGUUAUCGGGUUUGCUUCCAGACAAUCUUGGUAGCUGUGUAAGACUAGAGAACCUAUUUUUGGAUGGAAAUUUGUUCCAAGGGUCCAUUCCUUCAUCUUUGAGUUCAUUGAGAGGUCUUGUGGAAUUAGACUUAUCUAACAAUAAUCUUUCCGGUGAGAUCCCCGAAUUUCUUGUGAGCUUUGGGUCAUUACAGUAUUUAAAUCUAUCUUUCAAUGAUUUCAAGGGUAUGAUACCUGUUGAAGGAGUCUUUAAGAAUGCAAAUGCUACAUUCGUUGAGGGAAACAGUAAGCUUUGUGGAGGCAUCCCUGAGUUACACUUGUCCAUAUGUAACUCGAAAACAUCCAUCACCAAAAGAUCAAACACUUCUCUUAAAUUAAAAAUUGCGAUUGUUUUUGUGAUUUUAGGAGUGACUUUGGUGUUCUCUUUUCUCCUCAUGCUGUGGUUUAGAAAGAAGAAAGAGCAGCCAGUAGCAACAUUUGCAGAAAAUUCACUUUUACGGUUAUCAUACCAAAGAAUCCUAAGGGCAACUAAUGGAUUCUCAUUACAAAAUUUGGUUGGUUCAGGUGGCUUCGGUUCUGUAUACAAAGGAAUUCUGGAAGAGACCGGAGUUGUUAUUGCUGUUAAGGUGCUUAAUCUUCUGAAUCCUGGAGCUUCCAGGAGUUUCUUGGCUGAAUGUGAGGCCUUGAAGAACAUUAGACACCGGAAUCUUGUCAAGGUAUUAACAGCAAUAUCAGGCGUCGAUUAUCAAGGCAACGGUUUUAAAGCAUUGGUUUAUGAGUUCAUGGUAAAUGGAAGCUUGGAGGAUUGGUUGCAUCCAUCUGUUGGCAUGAAUGAACAGGAGAAAAUGAGAAACCUGAAUUUCUUCCAAAGAGUAAAUGUGGUCAUAGAUGUUGCUCAUGCACUAGAGUAUCUGCACCAUCAUUGCGAAACACCAAUUAUUCAUUGUGACAUCAAGCCAAGCAAUAUUCUCUUUGAUGAUGAAAUGGUUGGCCAUAUAAGUGACUUUGGCUUAGCAAAAAUCCUUUCUGGAGACAGGCUUAACUAUUCUACUACUCAGUCAAGUUCCCUUAGAUUAAGAGGAACUAUUGGCUACGCUCCACCAGAAUAUGGCAUGGGAAGCGAGUUGUCAACAAAAGGUGAUGUAUAUAGCUACGGCAUCCUCUUGCUACAAAUAUUUACAGGGAAAAGGCCGUCAGAUGAAAUGUUCAAAGAAGGUUUUAGCCUUCACAAUUUUGCUAAGGCAGCUUUGCCAGAACGAGUGAUUGAGAUUAUAGAUCCCAUUCUUCUUCAAGAGAGCAAUGGAAACAGCCUGGGAAAUGACAGACAUUGUCAAUGCUUGAAUUCAAUAUUUGAAAUAGGAGUCACUUGUUCCGCUGAAUCACCAAGCGAGCGGAUAGACAUGAGUGAUGUUGUUACCAGGCUUUCUUCUAUUAGAGACAAACUUCGUCCAGCUCGCUUACCUCGUGAAGGCCAAACUUUAUAUGCUGCUUAA